CAUCUCAUUCAUCUGUAUUCUGUGAUUGAAUGGUUAUAGGUAAAAAUACAAAUAUGUACGUAUUUAAACAGUAGAAAACUUCUCUUAAUCUGUGAAAGUAAGUAUUAGUUAGAAAGAUGGCGGUGGCCUUGUCACCCGAUCAAGAAUUGGCGACAAAAGCAUUUCUAGACGCACUUAGCGAAGCCGGUGCGACGUGUGUGACACGAGCGACAGCUGUCAAGUUUCUCCUUGCGCGUAAAUUUGACGUUGCGCGUGCCCAUACACUCUGGCGGCAACAUGAGGCAACGCGACGGAGGGAAGGCCUCAUCAAGUUUGAGCCAUUCCAAGAUCCACUGAAAAGUGAGCUUGAAACUGGAAAAUUUACUAUACUGCCCACGCGUGAUGCUACGGGGGCGGCUAUAGCAGUUUUCACCGCUAACAAACACUUUCCCAGUCUAACGUCGCAUCAGACAACGUUACAGGGCGUGGUGUAUCAAUUGGAUGUGGCGUUGCAGUCCCUAGAAACACAGCGCGCUGGUUUAGUCUUCAUUUAUGAUAUGACGGACUCAAAAUACACAAACUUUGAUUAUGAACUUUCGCAGAAGAUACUCACGAUGCUUAAGGGCGGAUAUCCGGCUAAGUUAAAGAAAGUGUUAAUCGUAACAGCUCCACUGUGGUUCAAAGCGCCGUUUCGCAUACUACGGCUAUUCGUACGUGAGAAGCUACGUGAGCGCGUGCAUACAGUGAGUGCGCCUCAGUUGGGUGCACACGUGCCAAGGGCCAGCUUGCCCAAACAGCUUGGUGGACAGCUCGAGCCCGAUCACGCAGCUUGGUUAGAUCAUUGCAGAAAUUGUUAUACGAAUAAUCUUCAAAACUCAAAAUUGGACGGUGUUAUCGACGAGUAUGUGAUCAGUAAUCACAUUCCGCCUGUCAAACCGCAAAAUGGUAUGAUAGAGGAGGCGGGUCGGGACAUGACGAGUGAUCGUGUGUCGCGGCACACAGAAGCCGACAUAAUGCAUAUCAGCGGCGACCUUCCCUACACGUGUGAUCCUACGCCAUUAAGACACACACACGGCUACAAUGGCGAUAUCAAAGGAAAUCAUAUUAACUCCGGAGAUGAAGAUGAUUUAGAUUUAAUAACCCGUGGGACAUGGUCAUCCGGCGAAGCUUCCCCCGGUCUAUCGGACGAGGAGUGCGGGGGUGGUGGGGCGGGGGAAACACCCGCAGCGUUGCUCGCACGCGUACGGCAGCUCGGAAGGCGCGGUCUAGUCGCCGAGUAUGAAGAAAUACGGGCCAGGCCGCCGCAUGGGACCUUUCAUCACGCAAAAUUGCCAAGUAAUCUAGUCAAGAACCGCUACACAGAUGUAUUGUGUUAUGAUCAUUCGCGGGUGGUUUUAUCUCAGACAGACCCAGACGACGCUACCACAGAUUACAUCAACGCUAACUACGUCGAUGGAUACAAACAGAAAAAUGCCUUUAUUUGUACGCAAGGUCCACUUCCAAAAACAUACGGUGACUUCUGGCGUAUGGUCUGGGAACAGGGCAGUCUUGUGAUCGUAAUGACCACUCGUGCUGUGGAACGUGGGCGAGUAAAAUGCGGUCAGUACUGGCCGGCCACGCUUGGCACUCGCGCAGUACACGGUGGUUUUGCGGUUACAACCGAGGAUAUAGAACAGGAGGACGAUUAUACUAUAUCGCAUUUGUUACUUACUGAUUUACGGACGGAAGAAUCGAGGAGUAUAUGGCACGGUCAAUACACGCGAUGGCCUGAUUACGGUGUACCAGGCGGCGGUCGAGCUCAACCAGUAUUAAGGUUCUUAAACCUCGUACGAAGAGCACAGCACCGAGCUAGAGCAGAGUUAGGAGAUGCCUGGGCGGGACAUAGUAGGGGGCCUCCCAUAGUCGUGCAUUGUUCAGCGGGUAUUGGACGAACAGGAACAUUCCUAACUCUUGAUGUAUGUACGUCCCGACUGUCUGCGGAGGGCGUAGCGGACGUACGUGGUACCGUGGAGCGUAUACGUGCGCAACGAGCACAUUCUAUACAAAUGCCCGAUCAAUACGUCUUCUGCCAUCUAGCGCUAAUUGAGUACGCUGUAAUGCAAGGAUAUCUAGAAUCAGCGGACUUGUCUGGAUUUGACGACGACAAUGACGAUCAGUCGGAAUGAAAACUGUCGCGUACCUGCGUCCUACUGUGACUAAGAGGUGGGGUGACCAUGUUAGGGAUUUCUCUAAAAACAAGCGAAUGAGGUAAUAAAUAAACGCGUAUUUUGGAUAAUCCAUGUAUUGGUGUAUAACGUGACUGAAACAUAUUUGUGGUCAAAUGAUUAUCGUAGACAUAAUAAUUAUAAAGUAUGUGACCACAAAUGAAAAUAUAUAUUAUUUGUUAUAUACAGUGGAAGUAAUCUCAAUGUAUUUGACAGUCAAAUCAAUAAUAUUGUAUUUUAAUACCCGCCAACUUCCCACAUUUUGAAAUCUGAAAAAUCAUAAAUGACUAAUGAUUUUCUAUUGGACAUUCUAGUGUCAUUGUGUGUCAAUAAUAUAUGAAAUUAUGAUACGUCUUAAAAAGAGGGUAAUUAGAAAAUUGUAAGCGUGAAUACUUAUGACUGACAGAAUGAAUUUAUAGUAUUGAAUCUGGCAAAACUUGCCACUAACGGAGGCAAAAUCAAUGGUAAUAUAGUAAAUUUAAAAGUCAAAUGACGAUUCUUUAUCUUGUUCGAUACUUUUAUAAUAUCCCCCCGAUAGUCUAUUGUCUAUGUCUACGUAAUUAAAGUUUUUAUAUUGUUCGAUUAAUUUGCAGUUGUAGUACAUACUUAUGAAUGUGGGAGUGUUAUUGUGCCAUUCGUAAAUUCUAGCAAAACUCUAUACUAAAGAAUUGUAAUACAGCCGUAUAAUAUACAAAGACCACUUUAUGUUAUUAAUUUACUGAAGAUGAAAAUAACGCCAUGACAUCAAGGAUAAGAUCACUGAACGAGAGUUAAGGCUAAGUCUGACUCGGGUACUUCACAAUUGUAUUGGAUUUUCAUGUUUGAGUUCUAAGUCUCGUUUUUAUAUCUCACCCUUAUAUCUCAAAAUACCUAGAUGGAUACAUAUAGAAUAUGAAAAACAACUUAUAGUUUUUUUUUAUUUCAUGCAUAAUUCUUACCAUAAAAGGUAGAAUUUUAUGCUUCGGUGUGUUUCUGCAUUAGACUUAUUUAUCUAGGGCUUCUUAAGAACGUCAGUCAAACUUAAAUCUAGUUUCUGUCAAAGCAUUUUUUUGUAUUAUUCGAUAUAUGCGACAGACGAUAUUUUGACUUUAAUCACGUAAUCAUUAGCAAUUGAUUGUUUCGGGUGGUUAUAAAGCUUAUAUUAAGCGUUUCGCAUUCUAUGCUCUGUAUUUUAGAGUCAAACAUAAACUACAGACUAGUUUACACAUUUCGACAUUUUUGACAGUGCAGUGGCAAAGACAAAGAUGCUUCGCGACGGCCAUGACUAAAUAUGGCCAUUGAGUCUGGUCACGCUUGUUAAUAUCAAACAUCCUUUAUUGCCAUCAGAAUGGAAUAUGGAGUCGUUUGUAAUUCAGGACGCAGGCUGGCAUGUUUUUUGCUAUGGCAAAGCGCCAUUGUAUAAAUUAGAAUCGUAAAGUAUACUUAUAUCCCUUCGAAGCCACAACUUGUCCAAUUCAUAUGUAUAUUUUGUAUGACUAACCGAAUUGGUGGUCAUAUUCUCCAAUAUAGCGUAUUUGGAUUGUAUAAGUUUUUAAUUUAAUUUAUUAUUACAAUAUAUUAAUCAAAUACACUACACAGCCGCCUUUAAAUUACAAAUAAUUAUUUACAUAUUUUUUAAUCUUGUUGCGUUUAAAAGUAUUUUUAUAUAGACUACUUCUGUAAUUUCGUUAACUUUGAAAAAAUAUUGGCAGAAUGACCACAAUUCUUAAUGAUGUAUAUAAACAGGUUCCUCUAGUGUGAAUAAGGACAGAUAAAAAAUCGAUAUUUAUAGCAACCAAAAGCAAGAAAGUUUGGCUGUGCGAAGUGUCGUAUUUAACACAAUUGGUUUAAAAUCCUAAGAGGUGCUGGUAUUUUUUAAUCUUCAAAAUUUUUCACUCUUAUACUCAGGAACGUAUUCUAGAGCGUCAAUCAAACUUUAAUCUAGUUUCUGUCAAAGCAUUUCUAUUUGACAAAUUUGACAGCGCUCUCGACGACUAGUGACUUGAGAUACGGAUUAGAAUAUGGACCUAAAUGUAGUGUAUGUCGCACCUAAUUAUAAUCGUGUAUAGACUGAGUAUUAUUAAUUUGCUUAAAACUAUAGGAAAUAGCUUUUUCUCAGUAGAUUUUUGUUUAUAUAUGAGAGGUAUCAAAUACAAAACGGAGAGAGUUAUUUUUCAAAUGGAAUAUAGCGACAUAUCUCUGGGCAAACAGAAGUAUAUUUUCGCCGUCCUAUCGUGCCACUUACAUAUCUAAUAAAUGCAAAUGUAUUUUCUUAUGAAUUACUGUCCUUAUAAAUAAUAAUGAGAGAUCGGGUAAUCUUCUGCAUUUAUGCCCAAAUCCCGUUAGAAAUCCGUCUGUAUUCAAAAUAUCACCGGUGACCAGUCGUUGAUUUUUCGAUAGAUUUUGUCAUCUGUUUUUAAUGAAAUACGACUCGUAGCGGGUACGCCUGGUAUAUUAUAGAAAUUCUAGGGAAUUGGGAAUAAGACUAUUUGAGUUUGUAUACAAUUGAAUAGUCUCUCAUUAUUAAUUAUACUUUUUUUUUAUCGUGCACUUAUCAUUUGCUAGUGUUGCUUCAUCAGCCCAAAUGGUAACCAGUGAGAAAAUGAAUUAUUACAAUAACAUAAGAAUUCGUUCAGUCUGUUAUAGAUUUAUUAGAUCUUGUGUGAAUACUCUGAGUAGUUAACAAUUACAAAUUAUAGAACAAUGUUUGUUUAAUACCUACUUAAUAUUAAGGAAAUUUGUUAAUCUAUCUGUGUGUGUGGGUUCUUCGGGUUAUGUUUUGGCGACUUUUGUAUGGGGCUACAAAGUGCCGCUCUUCGUAGAAAUGAAAUAGAUGUAGUGUUGGUAUGUCCUACUAAACUACAUCUAAGGCUAGGUAUGGAGACAAGCCUAAGCGCAGACUAUCACAUCUGUCAAACGGUUUUGACAGUUGUGAGACGUAGUCCGCACUUAGUCUUGUUUCUGAAUAAGCGAAGUUCUGCCAGGCCUUUUUCCUUCUAAAAAAUACAUGCGACAACUUUCUAUGCAAAAUUUGUCAAAGUGUCGUGCCGAAACUAAUCUUGAUAAGUAGCUAUGGCGUGCCAAAAAUGAACUGUCAAAACAUAAGCCGUAAAACCCUUCUCGCACUGUUGUUUCUGAUAUGUAAAUAUUCAUUUUAAGGUCUAAAUUAAAUGCCCUUGUGAAAUAUGUGUGAAAAUAAAUACUUGUAAUAUAUUUA